CGCGGCGCCGCUUAUAGGCUUUCCAGUGGAGACUCGACGAAAGCUCCACUGUCUUUUCGUUCACAACUCGAGUUUCACUGUAACGAGACGAAAUGCGACCGUGGUAUCCAUCCGCGGAGUAUUUCUUCAAGAAAGUUAAACGCCUACGAGAUCGUAAGGACAUUUAACAAGAAGAUACAGAGAGAAAAAACGAAGAAGAGCUCUGCCGCGGUAUGUCCUGGUGCUCGAUAUAUAUGUAUAUAUCGUGAUCGAAAUUUCGGAACAACGUGCAACGAUAUUCGGGGACUGAAAGGGAAUUUACAGAGGUCCGCGAUGUGUUUUCUUUGUCGUUAGUUAUUCGUCUAUCUCUACGAGCACUUUGUUUUUGAUUGAUCGAUAAGCCGUGAAUUAGGUCGUCCACGAGUCGCGCCCUGAACAGAAACAUACGCAUACAAUUUGUGAACAGAAAGUUGAAAAAAUAUUCUAAAUUUGGUGUUCGAAAACGAGCAUCAAUCGACGUGUUCGACGAUAUUAUAUGUCUUGAGCGACGUCGACGUAUAUGAUGAAAUUUCAGCUGCUUGUAAUCGAAACGGAUAACUGCUGGAGGAAAGCGUUGCUUAGGAUGGUAUUGGACCCCAAGGUCACGAGUCUGCACAGUGAUUACGGAAGCUUCGAUCGACCAUUGGGCGCCGGAGAGGGCCACGAGAGGGACGUCGAGGCGACGGUUGAUGGAAGUAGCAACGGAAUGGCACAAUCGAGUGACAUUUAUCAACGGCAGCCAUUAUUACCUGGUGCACCGACCAAGGGCAAGGACAAGUGGUCCGGGGUGGCAUCCGGUUCCGACUAUUACGUGGAUGACGAGGACGAGAAGAUCGACAGUCUUAGCCGGCAUCCUGGCAUACCAAAUGGCUCUGGAAAUGGUGUCGUUAAGCUCGACAUACCUGCGCCUCUUCGGGAAGAGCCCCGUUUUCCUAAAGAGAAAUGGAAAACGUUUCUUGGAUUUCUGUUCAUGGUCGUGAACUUCAUAUUGACUACUGCGUCCCUUGCGAUGGUGCACGAACGAGUCCCUGAUCGAAAUACAUAUGGGUCGCUCCCGGAUAUAGUGUUGGACAAUGUCGCCGCUCAGGAUUGGGCCCUUAACGUGUCGGAAGUUUUAAUUAUGAUAAUGUCCAACUCAGCGAUGGUUUUUAUUAUUUUUCAUAAACAUAGGUUUAUCGUUGUUAGGCGAAUAUUUCUCUUGAUGGGACUGUUGUACAUGAUGAGGAGUAUCACAAUGUACGUGACGGUACUGCCUGUCGCCAGCAAAACGUAUUUUUGCAGUCCUAAAGCAAACAAUACGAGUCCGAUCAUCGUUAUAAAAAGGGUUUUGCAGCUCAUUUCUGGCUUCGGCUUGUCUAUAAAUGGCAAGCACACUUACUGCGGGGACUACAUUUACAGCGGUCAUACAGUCGUGCUUGUACUUAGUUACCUGAUUAUAAAGGAGUAUUCUCCAAGAAGGUGUCAACCAAUUCAUUGGCUUGCGGGCAUUACUGUUUUUGUUGGGGUAAUUAUGGUCUUGGUGGCUCACGGACAUUAUACCGUGGACGUCCUCAUAGCAUACUACGUAACUACACGCUUAUGGUAUAUCUAUCAUACGUUAGCUAAUAAUUCGCAUCUUAAGCAAUAUGAACCAAACAACUUUUUGGCCCGACUCUGGUGGUUCCCUAUUUUUAAAUAUUUCGAGAAAAACGUGGGCGGCACGGUGCCACGACAAUACGACUGGCCUUUACCCUGGCCUCGACGAUUCCUUGCCAAGCACCCUAAUCGGGACAGUUAAUGUCUGUAUUUGAUUUCGCGAUAGAGGCUGUCAAACAACGGAGUUACUUUGUUGUAAUUUGUAUAUAUAUAAACAUAUAUGUAUACGUAUCUAGGCUUACAAAAAUGUGAAGAUAAAGCUUUACUAGAGAGUGGUGCGAGAGAUGUGUGUGCAAGUUCUUGUCAUUGUAGACGAGUAUGUUUGCUCUUUUUGAGACUUGACGAAAACUUGCGGUGUUCAUUUCCUUAAAAAAAAAAAAACAAAACAAAACUGACAGCAACAAAAAAAACGAAAAACUGUAAAACAUGAACGAUAGUGAAAACAGAUGCUUGUACCGUCAUGUUCGUUGUCGUCCAAUCGCGAAACCUAUUUUUGUUUCUUGAUUUUGAUACGACUUAUACAUACACUGUAAGAGGCUAGAUAAACGAUAGAUCGAGAUAUUUAGUCUCAUGAUGAAUUCACGUAGAGGGAGGUAUUCGAGAGUUACCAACAAAUUAGUGUAUAAAAUAAAAUGCUAGAUAUCUCUAUUUUCAGAUACUCCGAAUGUGAAAUACUUAGAUGUAAAAAGAAAAAAGAAGGAAAGAAGUUACGCUACAGUAAUACGGUCGAGCGCGGUAAAUGCGAAACUGUCUUGUUGAACGUAGCAUUAACAAGCAACAGGCGAUUUCUUUUAUAAGCUCUUACUCCUUUGAACAACGACUCGCAUUGGAAAAAUUGACAAAAGAGAAAAAAAGCGUCACUUCAAUAAAAUAACAAAAAAAAAAGAAAAAAAAUAGAAGAAGGUACAAGAGAAAAAUAUAUGAAAGUUUUGUUUCCCGCGAGACCUUCCUCUGGCUAAUCUAUUCGAAAUGCAUUCUAAUCUUUCGACUUCAGAAACAACCAUUUUCUUUAUGCUUACAUGCAUAGCGGCAUGCCUUAUUCCGAUGAAAGUCAACUGGAUAAAUUGCAAUUUUCGAACUUGUUAAUCGGUCAAUUGCCGUUCGUUUUCUAUAUUCUAGUUUUUCGUGUUGUAGGACUUUCCCUCGAAAUUGAAAUCCCUUUUUAAACGAGCAUUUUUAUCGUAGAAACAAUUAGUGGAUGAUUGGCAUAGUUUUAAAAUUCAAUCAAUGAUCGUGCAAUUUCGUGGGACCAAGUACAGAGAGAACAAUUGGAAAAAAUAAUACUUUUCGAGGUAGCGGCAGAGAAUAUAAUUUCUUUUGUGAUGACAAUAGAAUACGCGCAUAACCGGAGCAGUAUUUAGAAUAGUUUUCGAACGUUUUUGCUCUAUUUUUUAAGCUAUGAUUUUUAGCGUCUUGAUCGACGCGUUGGCGUCGCAAUGUGUUCCCGUUCGAGAUCCGUGAAAUUUCUUGCCUACGGUCAAUAUGAUUAGAAGCCAAGUGUUAUACUGUGUGUCAAUAAAAUUCGUGAUUUCUCGGAAUAAGGUCGUCUUUACAGUUUACAUACACCAGAUGUUGUCACGUAUACGUGAAAAUGUGGAGAUGUCGAAUCGUGCGAAGAAAGUUUGUGUUGUCACUAAUGAAUCUCUGAAUAAUAAUAAUUGUAACAAAAUGAAGUCUAACAAAGGUGUUUUUUAAAUAAUUCGUUCUUUGUAUGAUUUCAUUCUGUUCCUGUUUUUCUGGCAUCUCGUAAACUCGCAACAAUAAUUCCUCGCGAUUCUCGCUCCCCUCUAUUCGUUGGAGGAUUCUUCGGCUUUAUCGUUGUUUUCCUCCGAGAUAUAGAUAACACAAAAACGCUUUGAAAUUUCUACUGAGCCAUGUGUAGACGUAAACGAAGAAUGUUUUAACGAAUCUCAAUUAUCUGUAUAAAGGGAGAGAAAAUAAUUGCACGAUGGAAGAAUGAUAGGAAAUUAUUCUUCGUCGUGAUUAAAAGCGUCAAACUUGUGAAGUCUGUGAAUAGUUUAAGUGAUAUUGUCAAUGAUUUGUUGUCUUCUGCACACGCGAUUUAUUGUUAAUGCUCGUGCAAAGAUCUCGUUAUCCGUUGCCUGAAUUGUCAGCGUUCCAGUAACGCACGUUCAAAGUGCGUAACAUCUUUCGAAGUGGAUGCGAACAACCACACGUAUGGCCGAUGAUCCUGUUUCUCGUUUCAUAACUUGUUUUCCGUUUCGAUGCGCGCGCGGUCGAACGAAUUUGACGGUCGACCGACAAAAAGAAGAAGAACAAAAGAGAGAAAAAAGACAUUUUGCGAAAAAAGAAUAGUCAGAGUGGGAUGAAUUGAAUAGAAUCUAUUGGCCCUUAUAUAAUUAAGUCUCUUUCCGUCUGUGAUGAUAAACGAAAAAAAAGAAAAGACAUGAGUUGUCGUUGUGCUAGUUUUCGAUCGUGGAACGAGACACAUUCGUGAAACGAUUCGCAUAACGUGCCCAUUACAGCCAUUGAUAUUUCUCCUUAACCCUCUAUGGUCUGCUUUAUUUAAAUGAAUUUUAUAAAAUCUUCCGGUUCUCUAAGUCGUUUUAACGAAUCUGAUGUUUCUAAAAUUACGAUUGAGUAAUUGAUAGUAAUGACAUGUAAUGGACCGUAGGGGAUUAAAACACUCGUAUAGAUGCGAGUAUCGAAUAUACAUAUAUAUUUUAAUAAGAUUAAAUGUGGUUCGUAGCGAUACUCUUAAGUGACGCAAUAUUCUCGACGAUGUUAUUAAACUUAAAAAACGACAAGAAAAAAAAAAACAAAAAAAAAAAGACAAAACGAAUCGUUCGGGCAUACAUAUAUAUUUUUGGACGUGUGCAUAGGUAUACACGGGCCAUCGAAACGAUUUAUUACAUAGAGACCACGUAGCGUGUAAUUGUCAAGAGAAAUCUUAAACGCUGAUUAUCGUACGUGUGAACUAUGCCUAUUAUAUCUAAAUACGUUUGCAAAAUAUCUCGUCGUUGUUCUUUUUUGGGCGGACAUGCUUGGAAACUAAUACAUGUAUAGAUAAAUACUGAUAAUACAUGAACGAAACUUGUAUAGACUAAAGAUAUCACGAGUCUCUAAUAUUAUGAGGAGAAAGCGAUGUCAGUCCAAGUUAGAGCAGUAGAGUAACCGCGUCACGAUCUGCCAGAAAGAUAUUAAUAAGCGCAAUCGAAUCAGCCAAACAGAAAAAAGUAAACGAUUCAUCGAGUGUAUCACGUAUUUACUCGCGUUAUAAUGUGCUCCAUGAUGCACGUGUUCGUAGAUGCGUCUAUCCGUACGCAAACUCGGGUGAGGAGAUACAUGAUGUUACACGCACACAUGAUAAAUAGGUAAAUGUAAAAAGAAAAAGACAAAAGAUGGUAUAUAUGUAUAUAUACGCUUCUUGAGUGAAUGGAAAGGAGUCAGGAUAAUUAUAGAGAAAGUCUAAAUCGUUGUAUCAAAGAAUGAUGGGAGAGAAGGAGAAGAUAGAAAGAAAGGAAAAAAGACUUAAAGAAAGGGAGGAAGAAAGAAGCAGAUACGAAUAUGCACGUACGCGUGCGCGAGCGCGAGCGAGCGACAUACUGUGUAUGUGCGUUUAUAUAUGUAUAUACAUAUAUAUAUAUAUAUAUAUAUCUAUAUUUUUACUGUGUAGAUAUUUUUUGGUAACUUGUUACAAUAAUCCUAUUAGAUCAGUUAAGCGUAUACAUAUUAUAUAUAUAUAUAUACAUAUAUAUAUAUAUAUGUUGUAAAUAUAAAAAAAAUUAUAGUUGAAAAGAAAGCUUCUGCCCAUGAAUCGCGAUCCGAAUAUUUCGAUCGGGAUUAAAACGAAUCAAAAUAACAAUUUUGUUCAUCGAUCUAAGAGAAACAUUUCUGAUGAUGAUUAAAUUAUAGGCUUAUUCAAUGACUCGCGAAUUUAUUCGUGUUUCUUUCUCUGUCUCUCUCUGUGCCUGUAUACAAAAUAUCAAUACAAAUCCUAUUCUAUUCGUGAUUAAUCAACGAUUGAUGAUUAUGGCUGACAAAUAUGUACAACCUUGAUUUCCGUUGUCGAUGAUCUAUAGGUCGUAUGUACAUAACGAAAAAAAAGAAUAUAUAUAUAUAUAUAUAAAUAUUAUUAUUAUCAUAAGUAUAAUGAUUAUUAUUAUCAUUAUUACUAUUAUUAUUAUUAAUUUUAUUAUCAUUACUAUUAUGUCUUCAAGAUUGUUCAAUUGUGAAGGAGAACCGUGGACACUACGUCAUUGCAUGAAUCCAUGCAGCGUGUAACAAUAAAUACGAAAGCAAGUUGA